GACUGUGAGUGCAAGGAGGCGCUGCGAACAGCGCUCUGCGAGUCUGCAGCUCCUAAAGUGGAAGUUUUACAACUAAACCGCUCGCUAUCUCUGACAGAACUCCAGGGAUCUAUUUGCCAACAAAAAAUCUACAUAAUAGAACUCCAACUGAAAAACAAAAAAAAAUCUUCCUUUGGAAAUCUGGGCGGCUUGUUCCACUGAAGGAAGAUAUAGCGGCAAGCAGUCAAUAGAAAUGCUUUGAGUACCAUGAGCUCUCGUUAGCGUGCCGUGCGCUGACCAUGGCGCCACGGAAGCGGAGCCGCCAUGUGCUGGGAUUCCUCUGCUGCUUCCGGAGCAGCGAGCACCCGGAGAUCACCUUUAAGGACAGUAGCGUGCCCUUGCAGCUCCUGGAGUUCUCCCUGCCCAUCCCACCCGCCGACGAGCUCAACGCCAGGUUUGCCGAACUUGUUGAUGAGUUGGACCUCACGGACAAGAACCGAGAUGCCAUGUUUGCACUGCCAGCGGAGAAGAAGUGGCAGAUCUACUGCAGCAAGAAGAAGGAACAAGAUGACCCGAACAAGCAGGCUACCAGCUGGCCCGAUUAUUACAUUGACCGGAUCAACUCCAUGGCUGCAAUGCAGACAGUGUUUGCUUUCGAUGAAGAGGAGAUGGAAAUGAGGAACACAAUUGUGGAGGGGCUCAAGACGGCCUUGAGGACACAGCCAAUGAGGUUCGUGACGAGGUUUAUCGAGCUGGACGGGCUGACGUGCCUGCUGAACUUCCUGAGGAGCAUGGCCCACGACACGUUGGAGAGCCGCAUUCACACAUCCGUUAUAGGGUGCAUCAAGGCUCUGAUGAACAACUCCCAGGGGCGGGCCCACGUGCUGGCCCACCCGGAGAGCAUCAACGUCAUCUCGCACAGCCUGCGGACGGAGAACGUCAAGACCAAGAUCGCCGUGCUGGAGAUCCUGGGGGCCGUCUGCCUGGUGCCGGGGGGCCACAAGAAAGUACUGCAGGCAAUGUUGCACUACCAGAUCUAUGCCUCAGAGAGAACCCGCUUCCAGACGUUGCUGAACGAAUUGGACAAGAGCACUGGAAGAUACAGAGAUGAGGUCCACCUGAAAACUGCCAUCAUGUCCUUCAUCAACGCUGUGCUGAACGCCGGGGCUGGAGAGGACAACCUGGAAUUCCGACUGCACCUGCGGUAUGAGUUCCUCAUGCUGGGAAUUCAACCCGUAAUCGACAAGUUGCGGAGCCACGAGAAUGCAACAUUAGACAGGCACUUAGACUUCUUUGAGAUGGUCAGAAAUGAGGAUGAGAAUGAACUGGCAAAACGACUAGACAUGGUCCACAUCGACACCAGAAGCACGAGUCAGAUGUUUGACCUAAUUCGGAAGAAGCUGAGUCACACGGACGCCUACCCACACCUGGUUUCAGUGCUCCAGCAUUGCCUGCAGAUGCCCUGGAAGAGGAACGGAACCAACAGCCAGCACUGGCAGCUCCUCGACAGGAUACUACAGCAGAUCGUGCUGCAGGAUGAGAAGGGGGAAGACCCUGACGUCGCGCCGCUGGAGAACUUCAAUGUCAGGAACAUCAUCCGCAUGUUGGUGAACGAGAAUGAAGUUAAGCUGUGGAAGGACCAGGCGGAGAAGUUCAGGAAAGAACACAUGGAACUGUUGGCCAGGUUGGAGAGGAAGGAGAGGGAGUGCGAGACCAAGACGCAGGAGAGGGACGACAUGAUGAGGACGCUCAACAAGAUGAAGGACAAGCUCCAGAAGGAGUCGGUGGAGCUGCGGCACUCACGAGACCAAGUGAUGGAACUCAGCGCACGUCUCAAUGACCUGGCGGAGGCGAAUGGAUUGGGCCUCUCCUUCCCCCUGCCCCCUCCCCCGCCCGGCGGCCCCCUCCCCCCUCCCCCUCCCCCGCUCCUGGGCGACCUCCCCCCGCCACCGCCCCCCCUGCUGCUGUACGACUACCCGCCGCCCCCUCCCCCUCCCCCGCCCCCCGGCGCACCCCCCUUCUUCAACUGCCCCAUGCCCCCACCGGCCUGCCUGCUCACCACCGGCAGCAUGAGAAGGAAGGCCAUCCCACAGCCGUCUCACCCGCUCAAGUCCUUCAACUGGCACAAGCUGGCAGAGAACAGAAUCGGUGGCACGUUGUGGUCCGAAAUCGAUGACCUCCGGGCUUUCACCGUCCUGGACUUGGAGGAUUUUGAGAAGAUGUUCUCUGCGUACCAGCGACAACAGAAGGAGCUCGGCUCCAACGAGGACCUCUACCUCACCAUCAGGAAGGUGAAGGAGCUGUCAGUAAUCGAUGGACGCCGGGCCCAGAACUGCGUCAUCCUGCUGUCGAAGUUGAAGCUGUCUAAUGAGGAGAUUAAGCGGGCUAUCUUGCAAAUGGAUGAACAGGAGGACCUGCCCAAGGAUAUGCUGGAGCAGCUCCUCAAGUUCGUGCCAGAGAAGAGCGAUGUGGACCUUCUGGAGGAACACCGGCACGAGACCGAGCGCAUGGCCAGGGCGGACCGCUUCCUCUACGAGAUGAGCAGGAUCGACCACUACCAGCAGCGUCUACAAGCCCUGUUCUUCAAGAAGAAGUUUGCCGAGCGACUCGCCGAAGCAAAGCCAAAGAUCGAAGGAAUUCUUCAGGCUUCCAAAGAGCUGUGUCAGAGCAAGAGGCUUAAACAGCUGCUGGAGGUGGUGCUUGCCUUUGGGAACUACAUGAACAAAGGCCAGCGGGGGAAUGCUUUUGGCUUCCGAGUUUCCAGCCUCAACAAGAUCGGAGACACCAAAUCAAGCAUCGACAGGAGCAUCACGCUUUUGCACUAUCUGAUCAUGAUCUUUGAAAAGAACUACCCUGAGAUCCUCAACAUCCACGUGGACCUGCUCCAUGUCCCAGACGCAGCUAAAGUGAACUUGGCAGAAUUGGACAAAGAAAUCAACAAUCUAAAGAAUGGCUUGAAGGCUUUGGAAUCUGAGCUGGAGUAUCAGAGGAAUCGCACGCGGACCCCCGAGGACAAGUUUGUUCCGGUCAUGAGUGACUUCAUCACAGUGGCCAGCUUCAGCUUCUCCGAGAUGGAGGACCUCCUCGCUGAGGCGAAAGAUAAGUACUCCAAGAUGCUGAAGUACUUCAGCGAGGAGGAGGCCAGGAUGCAGCCCGACGAAUUCUUCGGCCUGUUCGACACGUUCCUGCAGUCGUUCAGCGAAGCCAGACACGACCUGGAGAACAUGAGGCGGAAGAAGGAGGAGGAGGAACGGCGGGCUCGAAUGGAGGCCAUGCUCAAGGAGCAGCGGGAGAAGGAGCGCAGGCUGAAGAAGUCUCGGGCAGGCAGCGUGUCGGAGGAGGUGGGCGAGUUCGAUGACCUGGUGUCUGCGCUGCGCUCCGGGGAAGUGUUCGACAAGGACCUGUCCAAGCUGAAACGCAGCCGCAAACGCUCGGGCAGCCAGCUGCUGGAGAACAGUAGGGAGAGAGCUGUCAGCAAGCUGAACUACUGAGCUGUGUCACCACACACACUCGCACACACACACUCACUCGCAACACUGACACACACACACUCACACACACACACACACGCAGCACUGACACACAUAUACUCACACACACACACUUGCUCACUCAC